AUGAACUCCAACCUGGAUGACGAGAUUACUGCUCUUGCCAUGCAGCUUGAGGAGAUUUACUUGAUGACGGACCGCCAGAAAGGUAAAUAUCGUGAAAAUCAACACCCAGAUCCGGAACUGGCUCUUGCAACGUUUCUGGAUGAGGUUCGCGGUCAUGUCAGCUUCCUUGAGGACCAGAAAUUUGCCCAUAGUAUUGCGUCGGCCGUGGCCACAGACUAUCAAGCUAUUGCAGAUCUUGUUUCGACUGAUCAACAAACCCUGGAGGAUAGACGGUUUGCGGCCCAAUUCAGCAAUGAUGAAAACGCUGAACCACAGGCCCCGCCGCCGUACGCUGAAUCAAUUUCCGAAACUUUCAUUACAAAUGAAAUCCAGACUCCGGCAAGCAGCUCUCGUGACAAUGGAAAUACCGAUGCCGCCGACGACGACGAGUUGUCUGUUCAAGCUGAGCCUCCAAUGGCAUAUGUUGAUAAUCAGGAGAAAGCGCUGAAGAGGUUCUCUAUGGGGGUACAAUGCAGCGUUUGUUUAGAUACCAUGCAACUGCAUCAAAUUAUUCGACUGGAUUGUCACCACCGCUACUGCCACGAUUGCCUGAAAAACCUUUUCAUGCGAUCUACCACCGACCAGACUCUGUUUCCUCCAAAAUGCUGCCGUCAACAGAUUCCACUCUCUUUCGUCCUCCACGAACUAUCUGCCGGUGAACUGGAACAGUUUCAGAACGCAGAGGCUGAGUUUUCCACAAAGGAUCGAACAUACUGCAGCAAUAGAGAUUGCGGAAAAUUCAUACCUCCUAGCAGAAUUAUAUCGGACAGAGCGGAGUGUGGCAACUGUGGCAGUGCAACAUGCACAAUGUGUAAAACUCCAUACCAUAGUAAUGAUUGUCCCGCGGACUUAGCUCUUCAAGCCAUACUAGAGCUCGCUAUGAGUGAGCGGUGGAAACGAUGUUUUUCUUGUAAGGCUAUGGUGGCUCAUGAGUAUGGCUGUUGGCACAUGACGUAA